AUGGCUGAUAAAGCUCAAGAUGAAGCGGAAAAGGCCGCCCUGAAUCCAUCCUCAGGAGAAGGCAGCGCUCUCAAGGAGAAAAUCGACGUGCGUGGAGGCAUCUGGCAGACAGGAAAAAAUUGCGUUUCGUACUUCUCUACUCUCAGCGUCUUCACGAUCACCACUCUCCUCAUGAUUCCUGGUCUCGCUCUUGCCUGCUAUCAUCAAAGAGCACUUCAACUCCUUACGCUCACUACUACAUCCGCUGCUCCUGGUAAGGUUAGUGGAGGUUUGAAUGCAACAAACCGAGUUGGGGACAAUCUCACCUACAAGAUAUAUCCAUGGUGCUACUGUGUCUCGAGCGUUGCUGCCGGGACUGGCAAUUCGGUGAACAUAAUGGAUGCUUGUCAUCAAUCAAGACAAGCAUUAACCUAUCACAUUCUUCCUUCCCUCAACUCAACCUUUACACCUCCUCUUCCUGGAUACGAUGCCUCUGGUCCUAUCAUGGCAAUAAAUGAUCUCUUUCAGAACUACGCAUAUCCCGCUUUCGCCUCCUACGUCACCGCCAUUUUUCUCUUAAUAAUCUUUGCCAGUUUGUUCAACUGGUGGUUUGGUGCUACCGCUACGCCACAUAAGAAGACACUUAUGCUCGUACUUUCCAUCUUCACAAGUUGUUUCGCUACCCUUGCAGCAUUGCAAACCUAUCUCUGCUACCAAACCAUCUACAUCCUCAAUCGCACCAUGGAACAUUCAAAAUCCACUCUGAACAUAUCCAUCACACCCGGUUUUCUCUACCUCCUCCUCAUCCAUCUCUUCUGGAUCAUCCUCCUUCUCAACGUCCUCGUCAUUCCCAUCACGAUAUGCAUCAAGCGCCGUCGCGCGAAGCGACAACUCCAAGCCCUAGAAGCUGAUGCACAAGCGCUCAAAGAAAAAGAAACUCUAGACGGCGACACUAGAGUAUGUAGUACUCCAGCUGAGCCCGCUGAUUCGGAGUCCAGUGAUGAUGAUUACGAUAUGUCUCCUCGUGUUGUACCCCGAUAUGGUGUGCCCACAUAUCCUCAUCCUGGUAUGCAGAAUCAAGGAUAUUAUGGUCAUGACUAUGGUGCGCAAAUGCCUAUGCCUAUGCCUAUGUCGGAUCCCAUGCAGGGCAGGAUGCAUCAACCACAGUCUGGAAAACGUAAGAACAAGGGGAAGCGAGAGCAAGGAAGGGAUCGAGAAAGCCAACAACUUAGAGGUCCAACCACCACUCAAACAUCACCUAUUAUGUUUAAAUCGCUUCACAUUUCCAAAGAAAAACGUCAAGGCCACGCCCGUAGAUACUACCACGGUCUCUGCACCGUCACCGCCACCUCCAUCAUCGUCAUCAUAUUUAUCCUCAUAUCACUAGUCUACCAAUUCCCCGGAAAAAACAACUCGAUUCUCGACAUCGAAACCCCAAGUAUAACAUACAAAAUCUACAUUUUCCAAUACUGUGUUUCUAGCGGCCACGAAAACGACAGCGGGGUUAGCCAAAACCCUAAUGCGAAAGAUGGAUUGGGGUGUCAUUUAGAUCUUAACCCCCUCGGUUACAUCGUCGCUACAACCAACAUACAGGCAGAACCCAGCGAUCUCACCACCUUCUACGCUUUAAUGACCAUCGCAUUCGCAUUCUACUACGUAGGCUGUCACGUAAUCGUUCUCACCAUAUAUCUCUGGUGGCGAUGGUUUAAUCGUCACUUCGACGCUGCAGAUAAAGUUCCCAAGAAAAGUUUCACAAAGUUGAUGCUCGCGUGCUUUAUCGGACUAAUCAUCUUCUGCAUCCCCGCCUCCUGUCUAACCCACGCCUCCUAUCUCGGCAGCGGAAUCGCCGGCGGCGGAAUCCCCAAAUCCUAUUCCAAAAUCGGGAACCUCUACAUGCUUUUCGUCAACUCUCUCUGGCUAUGGUAUCUCGCUUCUCUUCUCAUCAUUUUUCUCCUAUUCAGGAAAGAAUAUCCCAAGCCGCCUAAGGAGAAGAAGGGGGAGGAAGAAGAAAAGUCGGAAGACACGGAAUCGGUUUCGGGUUCGUUUUAUGGAAGUAGUUGGCCCUCUGGCUCGGAAUCUUCGGGUCCGUCUUUUCGGGGGGAGGAACCCAAUGGAUGGCAUCGAUAUUGA